GGGAGGAGAGAUCGAGCGAGAGCGCGAGAGAGAGAGCGGCGAUGGAGAAGAGGGCGAAGAAGCCGAUACAUCUCUUCUACUGCGCGGAGUCCGAAGAGCUCGCGAGGAAGGUCGCGGAGCAAUCCGAAUCCAUUCAGCUCCAAUCCAUUUCUUGGAGAAGCUUUGAUGAUGGAUUCCCGAAUCUCUUCAUCAACAAUGCACAUGAUAUUAGAGGGCAGCAUGUUGCUUUUUUAGCUUCUUUCAGUUCUCCUGGAGUAAUUUUUGAGCAGAUAUCUGCAAUAUUUGCGUUGCCAAAGCUCUUCAUUGCCUCCUUUACAUUGGUUUUACCAUUCUUCCCAACUGGUUCUUUCGAACGUGUGGAAGAAGAAGGAGAUGUGGCUACUGCAUUUACAAUGGCACGCAUAUUGUCAAUGAUCCCUAAAUCUAGGGGCGGUCCAACCAGUGUGGUCAUCUAUGACAUACAUGCUCUGCAGGAAAGAUUCUACUUUGGGGAUGAUGUCUUGCCUUGCUUUGAAAGUGGGAUACCUCUGUUGUUGCAACGUCUUCGCCAACUUCCUGAUGCUGAUAAUGUAACUAUAGCAUUCCCGGAUGAUGGUGCAUGGAAGCGUUUUCACAAGCAACUGCAAAAUUUUCCUAUGGUUGUUUGUGCAAAAGUUCGUGAAGGUGAUAAGAGGAUAGUUCGAAUUAAGGAAGGGAACCCUGAGGGUCGGCAUGUUGUAAUUGUUGAUGACUUGGUGCAGUCUGGAGGCACUCUUAUUGAAUGUCAGAAAGUUUUGGCUGCUCAUGGUGCUGCAAAAGUUAGUGCAUAUGUCACCCAUGGUGUGUUUCCCAAGCAAUCAUGGGAGCGAUUCCUGCAGAAUAGUUCUGAGGGGCUGGUGAACAGUUAUGCUUACUUCUGGAUAACAGAUUCCUGCCCGCUUACUGUCAAGGCCAUAGGCAAUAGAGCUCCAUUUGAGGUGCUCAGCCUUGCUGGAUCCAUUGCGGAUGCUCUUCAAAUCUAAUACUGCAAUAAAGACUUGUAUUAGAAUAGAGAUGAACUUUGCAGAUAUUAUCCUAAUUUUUGUAAAAACUCAGAAAGACUCGUGUUAGGGAUGGAGAUAAGCUGAUGAACUUGUAUUCUUUUUGCAGGGAAAGGGUGAAGAAUGCCACUGAAAAUAUUCUAAUGUUUCUAAGCACCAUGAACUUGUAUUGGCUAGAUGAGUAACUAAAUUGUUCUCUAAUGAAAUAGUUGUGCCCGAAUUGUUCAAUCUCA